CAAGACGGCCUGAUUAUGGAUGAAAUGAAGCUGUCAGAGUUCGUGAACUUUGGCGCAGGAGGGAAAGUGGAAGGCCUGGUGGACUUGGGAAAACUCACACUGGAAAGCGACAAACAUCUUCCCUGCGAUCAUGGUCUCGUGAUCAUGUUUCAGCCUCUCACUGGUUCCUGACACCAGAUACUCGGAGUUUUCGCUUUCAGGGGAAAUGUGAAAGCUCCGCUUUUGUCCAAGAUCUUAAUAGAAGCCGUGUUGCUUGCAGAAAAAGCUGGGCUGAAGGUGGAUUACAUCACGGCGGACGGAGCUUCAUGGAACCGUUCAAUGUGGCGCAUUUUUGGAAUUUCUGGCUCCUCGACGUCUAUAAAGCCAUCUGCACCACAUCCUGUUGACACUGGAAGACGCCUCCUCUUCAUUUCGGAUUUUCCGCACCUGAUAAAAUGCGUUCGAAAUGGCCAUCUUAAAGCAAGGUACAAAACACCUGAAGGUUCUGUUUAUAUUGGGCACAUCAGAGCAGUACACAAAGAGGAUCAGUGUCCACUUACCCUUAAAGUGAUGCCUAAGAUCACUUUUGCACACGUGAGCCCUAACAACUUCGAAAAGAUUAAGGUAAACCUGGCAUUCUACCUUUUCAGUCCGCAAGUGCUUCGUGGCCUGUUCUUCUACAAGGAGCAAAUAAAGGAGCACUGGAGUGACCCCUCACCAACUCAAGCCUUUGUUCUGCUGAUGUGGAAGCCAUUGACAUCACGGAUUCCAUCUGAAGGAUUGAAACCUGACUCUGCACAUGAAAGGAACAUCAAGGAUGUAUUAGACUACCUAAACCAAAGGGAGGCUCAUGCGGCAACUUCACCAGCAGGAUUUCUUUCAGCAAGCACUGCCGAGGGGCUAAGGGUCACCCUUCAGGCCACGCUUGAUGAGAAGCUACGCUUUAAGUACCUGCUGACGUGUCGGCUGAGCCAAGACUGCCUCGAGAAAUUGUUUGGUAUCAUUAGACAAUUUUCUGGUUGCAACGACCAUCCCACUCCUGCCCAAUUCUUGCUCACCGUGAACUGCCUUAGUUUUUACGACUUGGUCAAAGCUCCCAGCAGUGGCAACUGUGAAGGGGGCGAUCUAACAUUUCUCCUGAGUAGUGAGGAUGCAAGCCAAGAACUGGACGCACUGCUGGAUAGUGGCAAGAUUGAAGAAGCUUCUGACAUGAUAAAGAAGUCCACAAUGCUCCCCGACCAUGAGUACCCUGAAAAGAUGAGCGACUCGCGGCUAGUCUUCUACAUGGCAGGGUAUGUUGGACGCAAAACAAUCCUGAAGACUGCAUGCAAGGAAUGCUUUGACGAUCUCCUUGUUUCCGCCGACGAAGCCAACGAACAGCUGGCGAUCACCAAGUUCUGA